UGCAAACAUUUGACAUAAGUCCGUGAAUAGUUUCAUUUUAAAAUACAUAAAUGUUAUGGAAGGUAAUCACGAAUCACUGGUUCUCAAAAUCUACGAAAACCGUAAUUAAAACUUUAAAUUUAUCAAAGAUGCCAUUUUACGCCGUAGCAAAGGGCCGCACCGCAGGUAUUUACAUGACUUGGCCUGAUUGUGAAUCUCAAGUCAAAGGAUUUCCCGGUGCAAGAUAUAAAAAGUUUGAUAACAUCGUCGCCGCUCAGGACUUCGUAACAAAUGAAGGAGGGAACAAAUCAUCUCAAAAGGCAAAGCCUUUGGCCAACCGCUCAAGUUUUGGAAGUUCAAAAUCUAGCCUCAAGAGAAAUUUUUCAACAUCAGCGAAUGAUCAAAAUGACAACAGCCACAUUCCUAAGAAAAAAUCGAAAUCGAAGCGUAAAACAUCCGAAAGUAAUGAAAGUGAAGACACAGAUGAUUCUGAUGACUUGAAUACUAUAUUAAUAAAACAAAUGGAUGACAUUGAAAAAAGAUUAAAAGGUUUUGAAAAAGGUGUGGAUAAGAUCAUGAAGAAAAGUAGCAAAACUGACCGGAAGAGUAUAUUAAUAGAGCCUCAAACAGUGGGAUCGAGUAAUUUGAAUGAAGACAAUUUUAAAACUGAUGAAGAUGAUUAUGUCCAAGUUUAUACUGAUGGAGCUUGCUCAUCUAAUGGACGUAGUGGCGCUAAAGCGGGCUUAGGCGUGUAUUGGGGUGAAGGACACCCAUUGAACAUCAGUGAGCCUGUCUCUGGCCGUGCUACAAACAAUUGUGGAGAGAUUCAAGCUGCCACUCGGGCUAUCACAAUGGCAAUAAAUCAUGGAGUUAAGAAGCUGGCUAUCAAUACUGAUUCAAAGUUUUUGAUAAAUUCUGUGACAAAAUGGAUGCCAGGUUGGAAACGAAAAGGUUGGAAACUUCAAUCAGGUGAGCCAGUGAAAAAUGAAAUAGAUUUUAAAGAGCUAGAUAGUCUACAAAACAAAAUUAAAAUAAAAUGGAAUUAUGUGGAGGCUCACCGUGGUAUACAUGGGAAUGAAAUGGCGGACCAGCUGGCAAAAGCGGGAGCCGCCAUGUAUAAUAAGUAGUACUAGAAUAGGUAGUUGAUUAAUUGAUAAUUUGAUCUGUGUUAACAUAAAAACACUUACUCUGUAAGUUUAUUCCUCUAAAAGUAUUGUUGAAUACCUUAUCUUUAUGUAUUUUCUCUUACUAAAUUUAUUUAAACUGAAUUUUUUUUUUUUUACAUCUAUUUUGCUUUAUAUUUAUAUACAUAAUUUCUAACCGAUAAUUGAAUAGUUCAAAUAAUAUUAUAAAUACUGCAGGUCAGUUAUUAAAAACGUAACAGCUUUCCAAUAUACAUUACAAAAAUAUUUUGGUUUUAUAGUUGUAUGAUUUAUCAGGGUUGACAUAUAA